AUGUGCUUCACCUUCACCCCUUCCCUGGGCAAAAUCGAGUUCAAUUUCACCCUCCACGCCUCCCCUGCAUCGAAUUCCCCCUUCUCCUUCUUCGCCUUCCGCAGGGAAAUCUCCGAUUGGGAAAGAUGUUCGCGGAGCUCGGUUUCGUCGCGCUACUUGAACAGGAGGUCGUCGUGGAUCAGGGAGUGCCGGGGGACGACGCAGAACAGGUGA